UCCACACGCAACGGGCCAGUCGGAGGCGACGCUUGACGACGCGGACCCAGCUCGGACGCCGACUCAGACUCAGAUACGGCUCUGCUUCUGCUCUACGCUCAACGCUUCACUCUACACUCAAUCUGCUUCCCCCCAUCCAGUCACUCAGUGUCGUCUAUCUGUCGGUUCGUUGUGUGUUUGCCAAGUUUACACUUUCCGACAAAAGCGAAUGGCAAAAGCAAUCAGCAAACACCAAGACAGAGUCCCAUAGGCCCAGUCAAGGUGUGUUAAUAUAAGUUACACACAAGUGGUGCAAAAAGCAGUGGCUUGAGCCUGAAAGCAUUGUGCAGCUCCCACACGCCGCCGCCAAGUUCAAAAUCAACGCCUGACAAUGACAGCUGCAUCGACGUGGCUGUGCCCACUAGGCCAAGCAGAGACUGAAGCAGAGACCGAGCCAUCUGCAGCACCAGCAUCAUCUGUACUGGCAGCAGAAGCGACUCCAAUCAAAACAACAAGAGCAACAAGGAUAGCUCCAACUAUUACAAAAGCGGCAACAAGAGAGAAAAGCAGCAGAACAAUCAAUGGGCUCGACACGACAAGGCGAAGUCGUCAACGAGGCUGCACCCAAUGGACGGUGGUGGGAGCGGGUAUAGGCGUCAGCCUAUGCCUGGGAGAGAGGACGAUGCCAACGGUGACGUCGCUGUGGCUGCUGCCAUCGAAUGCGACAUCUUGGCUGCUGUUAGCCCUCCUCUGCCUGCUCGGCUGCCUCUGCCCCUUCACAGAUGCUUUGGAGGAGGACUGUGUUGACUUUCAGGGCAAUAAGGUCAACCACGGUAUGCUGUACGUGCCCGGGCCCGGUGUGUGCAGCCUGUGCGUCUGCUAUCACUCCGAACCACUCUGGUGCAAGGCCAUCUACUGUGAUCCGCCCUACUUUUGCAAAAACUUUCGAGUUGGUGAACGUUGCUGUGAAUUCGAGUGCCUUGAUCCCCCCGGCGAGGAUAAGCUGUAUCAGGAGCGCAUGCGGAAACGGGCUGAGAUAUUGGCUGGCAACAGCACCGCCACGAACGUGAGGCUGGCCCCGUUGGCCAUGUCCUCUAUAAUGCUCGGAUUCCUCGGCAACAGCUUGCUCAACUUAUAACUUGAAGAAAAACAGCCAGCGGGCAGCAGCAGCAGAUAGAGAUUCUGAGUUUUAGAUAAAUCAAUUUUUAAAAGAACUCCCAAGAAUGAACUUGAAGUUCAGAUUCCCUCAUUUUCGUUGCUCCUAAAAAACCUCGUAGAGCUCUCAGACAACUUAUUACAAUGUAAUAGACAAAACCAAACAAGUUAUAGAGAUAAACAUACACAUAUACUAUAUACAUAUAUAUAUAUAUAUAUUUAUAUAUAUGUAUAUAGGUGUAUCCUUAUAGAUGCACAGAAGUGCCGUCGAGACGUAGGUUUUCAAAUUAUAUCCCCCAGACUUAUAUAGGUACAAUAAUAAUCAUUUUCGGAUGCACACCGAGAACCUAACCAAAACCCAACCCUCUUUCAUCUCUCCUCGCCCAAAAGCAAUUGCAGUGUGAUCCAAAUCGAUAGGUAGAGGCCAGAGCAGAGCAGAUUUCUAGCAUAUAACAUAGACAUUUACUUAUUUACACAUUGAAAGGAAGGAAGUAACACAAAGAAACCAGAACAAACUCAUCAAGCGAACGAAUAAGACAACCUCUAGCACGUAAGAUCCGAAUAGUAAGCGAAUAUAUAUACCGAGGGAUAUGGACAUGGAUAUCUAUCUAUAGUACAUAUGUAUAUCGUAAGCAUAUUGUACAUACACAUGAGGAUAUAGCUCUGUGUAUCGGAAACGUUGUUGAUUAGUGUUUAGCCAACUAAAUGGAAAAGGAAUCAUUGGAAGGGAAGAACCAUUUGUUCUUUUUUUUAUAUCAUAUUGUACUCCUUACAUACAGCCAUACACAUCCCCCCACCCCCCACUUUUGCGCUUAGAAAACGUAUUUUUUUCAUCUGGAAAUUACAAUACUUAGAUGUAAAAGAGAUUUAGUGGGUAAUCCUAAUAUCUUAUUGGAAUUUGGUAAUGGAAUGUUGAAAGUCCACAUCUCUAGAUGAUUUUUCCUACAAAAACUGUAGUUAAUUACACAUAUCUUGGCAACAUUUUUUCCAAAUAUAUUAAACAAAUCAAAGAGACACCAACCAACAUCAACAUGAAACACGUCAGAGUGAAUGAAUCAUUAUCUUGCAUUGGUGCUAAUUUUAUCGUAGGCUAAAGACACAUAGACAUACAGACGAGACAUAGACCGCAGCACAUCACAGCACGUACGUCACACUCAAUCACAAAUUGAAUCAAAUUCUAUAUAAACUUAUAUCAAUUAGCUAAUAGGAAGGGAAUUAAUAGGUAGUAGUACGAAUCCUUGCGUUGUUUAUAAGUAAAAUUGCCCAAGGUAAAGAGCUGUUGAGCGUCCAAUAGUAAAUCGAUAAAAACUAUGUAUGUAUGUAUGUAUCUAUGUAUAUUUUGUGUUCUCCCAUUAAUUGGUUUUCUUAUUGUUCUAAUAAAUCAAGUGCAUAAUCAGAGAAGGCAAAGCUUAAUAGAUAAGUACUAUAGGGAGACAGACCCC